AUGGAGAAGCUCAUCUUUUCACUUGUGAUUUUCGCAAGAAAACUAAGGCCUUACUAUCAAGCACACCGGAUAAUUGUCAUGAUAGAAUUUCCUUUGAGAUCGAUCCUUCACAGCCCCUACGCUUCUCAGCGACUCAUGAAAUGGGCUAUCGAACUCAGUCAAUACGACCAACUCUACCGGCCGAAGACUGCUACAAAAGCCCAAGUUUUAGCAGAUUUUGUUGUAGAGUUUACUCCGACAACCGAAGAAGAGAAAAUGGUCACGAAAAGCAAGGAAAAAGCAGACGACACCUCCCCUACUGAUUCGAACCUACCUAACGACAUGUGGUAG